UCAGCAUGUCAGACGUUUGAGCAACUCUGUGGGACAGCGCUUCUAUCCGGAGAAACCCUCGCCAUGUCCUCCACUCCACUGGCCGUGACGGAAGAAGAUGUGUUUGAUUUGACAGACGCAGUGCCCGAGACGGAACGUCUGGACAGCAGCCUACAGAAAGCGAAAGCUCAGCUGUCUACCAAAACCAGAAGGCAUCGCCCGUCCAGGUCUCGCCUCCGAGACAGUCUGAGCUCCACAGAGGGCGAAGAAAGCCUCGAUGGAAAGAGCUACACUGGCCUUUUGUCUGGCUCCUGCUCGCCUCUCCUUGUGUCCCUACGCUGCCCCUCCCCCUUCCAAGAGCUCCAUUCAUCCUCCUCUCCUGCAAGGAAGGACAGGACUUUUACCUUUGAGACAGAUGAGGGCGAAAAGAAAGACCUAAGACGAAGAAGUGCAUGCUUGCUGUAUCCCUCUUCUCCGACCCACCUGCUCAAGGGGGACAAUCCCCACCUGCGCCAGGAGGACCACACCAACAAGCGCUACCUUCUUCUGCAGUGCCAGGAAGACAGUCCUCAAUUGUACCAGGAGAAUCAUGUGAAGCAGCGCCACCAAGAGAACUCCCACCUACAUAUGGACCAUCGAAAUUUUCACAAAAAUGACCACACUGAUCUGCACCAAGAGGACCACAAAACUUUACACCAGAGGCACCACACUCACCUGCGACAAGGUGACCAUACCCAACUGAACCAAGAGGACCACAUUCAUCUGCACCAGAGGGACUUCACUGACCUGCACCAGAGGGACUUUACUGACCUGCACCAAAGUAACCCUCACAAGAAGGACCACACCUACUUGCAUAAAAGGGACCAUUUCCAGGAGGACAACACACACUUGCGCAAGAGGGACCAUCUCCAGGAGGACAACACACACUUGCGCAAGAGGGACCAUCUCCACGAGGACGACACACACUUGCGCAAGAGGGACCAUCUCCAGGAGGACAACACACACUUGCGCAAGAGGGACCAUCUCCAGGAGGACGACACACACUUGCGCAAGAGGGACCAUCUCCGGGAGGACAGUACCAAUGUGCAUGAAAAAAGCCAGGUCCAGUUACAUGACGAGACACAUUCUACCCUGCGUCAGAGGGAUUACUCUCAGAGUGAAGAUGACAGUCGUGAUGUUGGUUCGGAUGAACCAAGCAGCCCAACGGUACUGCUGGACAAGAAGACCCGAAGACGUUUCCUAGAUCUCGGGGUAACUCUGCGCCGCACCUACGGGAAGGUCAGGAGGGAUCGAGCCAACAGACACACUACAGAAGACCGGGGGGCCGACGGAGCACAAAGCCGAUCCUCCCGUUCCUCUGGUCCCCCGUUUGUGGCUUUCUCCUGGUUGAGUGAGAGAAUAAGGGGGUCCAGUUCUCUGAGGAACCCCAGCCAAUCUCAAGCCAAGAUUCCAUCAGAGGACGAGGAGGUGAAAAACGACAGCAGGUCCAGCAGAAACGGAUCGUCGCAGCCGUACCUGAGCCUUUCCGAUCACUCACACGAGGGCCGAGACGAACACACAGAACCCCGAGGUGUGAGAAAGAAGAUCAAUGUGCCGUUCUCAUCGAGUGAAAGAGACGGGACAGAAAAGCAGAAUGGCAUCCAUAGGGACAAGAGGGACGACGGACACGAGGGAAACGACGGAGACGCGGAAAAACUACUGACCUCUUAAUCACAGUGCAAGCAUUAUUGAUUUAGAAGGAAAUGAUGAAUCAUUUCCUUGCUUCAUUUUUUCCCCCCUGUAAAUACUGUAGGCACUGAUGUUAUUGUCACUUAUUCUGGUGACUUAAUAAAAUGUUUAAAAAAUGAUUAAAAAUACUAAUUAAAAUAAAACAUGUAUAUAUAUAUUUAUUUUUAUUCAAAUAAAUGUUCAGAAAUCUGGAAACUAAACAUUUGUGCACCCCGAGGAAAUGUAGCAGGAGUUCGUCUUCCCAUCUGUUUCUUCAUUAUCGCAAAUAUCAAAAUGGUAUUUAUCAAAUAGAUAAAUAAAAAACAAACAAACCCUGGUAUGAGUAACAGUUACAAGCGGAAAGAUUUUUUUGUUCUCACAGUGUUUCAUUUUAUUUCUCUUAUAUCAUUUCACACUUAAACCUUUGGUGGUGUCCUACAUGAAUUAACCCACCAUCGUCAUGAGGCCACGGCAAUAGAAACCAUCAAUAUCGGAGAGAAAAUCAG